GAUUGGUGUCGAUUCAGUCAAAUAUUAGCGCCUGUUUUCCAGGAGUCCUACACUAAAGUGCUCGAAGAGUUUCCGGAACCGGGAAGAGUGCUGUUCGGCAAAGUGGACUGCGAGCACGAAACGAAGUGCGGACUCAAUCGUACAGCACAUCAGAGACCUCCUGAAGGAUCCGAUUAA